CAAUGGGCGACCGGGACUUCAUUUUUAGCCAAGAUUCUUUCGCGUGUCAUGAUACUCCCUGCUACUGACGGACGAGUAUGAGACACAUACAAGUCUGUUUACAGAAAGAGCCAAGGUUUCUGCGUUUGGAGAACACAACAUCAAGAGUUAUUGACCAUGGCAAUACUAGGUGCUGGCAAACAUGAUCGAAACAAACAGCGGCCCGGCACUCAUUCACUAGGCACUAUACAGGUGGCGUCUUGUUCGUACUGUGUCGGCAGCAGGUGCGCUCCUGGCUGAUCGGCAAUCUGCCAUCUUCAACUUUUGGUUCUCCUCUCGAACACGGACCUUAAGCGCCCGGUACUAUGGGGUUCCAGUUUGUCGGGUCAGUCUCGAGACGAGGCUGGAAAGGCAUCCUGACGAGUUGGCCCGUGGGAUGGGUACUGGGUUGAGGAUAUAUCUCUGCGAUGGGCGCGCCACCGCCCGACGGCUAUGUGUAUGUCGCUUCCCAGUCGCAUGUCGUCCAUCCCGUAUGUCGACCCGGCAUUCAACUCUGUCAACAUCGAUGAGGCACACAGGCGGCUCCAAAUCUGACAAUAUGUUGACCGCCCGAGACUGCAGUUCCGAUACAUCAUGUCCCAUCCCCAGUGGCUUCUUGUCAUACCAGACAUCCCCUGCCAGUAAUGCUUUUAUGCUUGCUGCGUUCGCCGCCCUGGUCCCUAUCAACAUAUUCACCGGGGUCCGCUACAAAACGCCCCUUUAUGCCGUAUUGGCCACGCUUGGCCUACUUCUCGAGGUUGUGGGUCAUGCUGGGAAAAUGCUGCUGCGGUCGAACCCUGCCAGCGAAGGCCGUUUCCUCCUAUAUAUGAUAGGGACACUGUGGGGACCGACAUUCAUCAGCGCCGCCGUCUACCUGGUUCUCCCACAUGUCAUGGUCAUCUAUGGCGAGCAGUUCAGUCUUAUCCAUGAGCCAAUCUACUGUAAUAUUGUAUUUGUGGCGCUCGACAUCUUCACCUUGGCCUUCCAGUCCAUCGGGAUUGCUCUAUCGGCUACGAGCGAUACCGAGCUUGAGAGACAUCAGGGAUUGAACAUCCUGUUGACAGGAUUGGCCUUACAGUUGACAAGUCUUGCCCUCUUCUUGGGUGGCUACUGGUACUUCCGGCUUAAAUUAUCCCAUCGCCGGUUUAUCUUCGACCCCACGUUUUCUAUGGUGUACUUGUCUUCCUACUUCAAAAAAUUUCUUCUUUGCGUACAAGGAGCCUCAGUGCUUCUGCUAGUAAGAGCAGCUAUACGAUUGGCUGCUUUUACUGGAGGGCUCGCCAGCGGCCUCGUGCAAUCCCAAAUCGUCUCGCUGGUACUUGAUGAUACCCUCGUACUUGUCGCCGCUAUUAUUCUCUCCGUGGCACCCGUCGGGAGGGCCUUUGGAUCAUCUUGGGCUGAGACUGCCCCGUUCACGCUUGCAAGCGAUGAGUCAGAUCUGCCGCUACGCAACUGGCGGCCAUCGACAAGCCAGCACAGAAAGAGAGCCGUCUCACACCCAUUUCCAGCAUCUCCCAUGAUUGCGCAACCAUCUCCGCGGUCAUACCAUUCCAUAUACUCGCAAAUACCCCCGCCGCCGUUGGCAUCGCCGCAAGACAAGCGCGUGUAUCAGCGGGCUCCCUACGAGAUUACCCCGGUACAGGUUGUACCCUACGUGCCCAGCGAAGCGGGAAGCCCGCCCCUUUCAGGAUCUAUGCCGGCCGACACGCCGAGGAGAACGCCUCGAGAGGCGCAGAAGCUUGUUGACCCUGAUGCACUUUGGAGCUAACUGCAGGUCCUUAGUCUGCUGCUUCUGCCCCAAUUUGACCUUGAGCAUUAUCUGCUUAAGAGACAGGACGGCUUCGGCAAAUUUAUGUGGUGUGUCCGCGUUUGGUGUCUCAUCACUUCGGUUUCUCGUGUCGAAGUUGAACUUGCUUUUUAGCGGCAUACUCAAGGUCAACGUGGAUGGGUCGGUACGAAUGUUCACCAGUUAUUCUUCUAUUUACUCGCUCCCCCUGUUUUCUUUUCUCUUCUCUCUCUCUCUCUCUCUCUCUCUC